AUGGCGGUAAGUCUCUGUAAUGGUAGGGAUCUUGAUGCAGAGCAGGAGAGAACUCGUGACAAUAUACAGGAUGAGACACUCAUUCAGGAUACCAAGGAAAUUACUAAAGAAGUUGAAGAGCCGGUAGUGGAAAUAGUAGCAGAGAAAGAGAAGUCCCAAGUGGUUGGAAAGAAAAGACCUCAUGCACCAUUUCCACAGAGAUUGGUCAAGCACCAAAAGGAAGAGCUGUACAAGAAGUUCUUUAAUAUGCUCAAGCAAAUUCAGACAUGCAGUGCAGUGGUAACUAAACCUGUUGCUGAAAAGCUCUCAGAUCCAGGGAGCUUUACUAUUCCAUGCACUAUUGGAAAUGUCUCCUUUGGAAAGGCACUUUGUGAUUUAGGGGCCAGCAUUAAUCUUAUGCCCCUGGUUGUUUACAAGAGGUUGGGCAUUGGGAGAGCUAGACCCACCUCUAUGUUGUUGUAG